ACUGUUGACAACAUCAGAACAUUGUCUCAAUUAGGCUGAUUGUGCACGAGCGCAUGUGCACGUGUGCGUGUACGCGUGUGUAUGAACACAGAGAGAGAGAUAGAAGGGAGAGCCGGGAUACAUGGAGACAGAGGGAGGGAUCAGCUCUACUGACAAAUAAGAACCAGCUGACAGUUGUUUUCAUGAGACAAUAUAGGCCUGUAUGCUGUGAAAUACACCAGUGUGCUUAGAUACAUCAGGAUCAUCGAAAUAUUACAGGAUUUGCACAAAAAUGGGAAUACUCCAAUCAGGCGUUACCCCAUAGAUCUAUUUUAGUUUGAUUUUUUCCUCUUUUCAUUGGCUUAUUACUGGUUGGAGGGAAUCGGUGUGAGUGCACCGUACUUACGCAACAGCGAGCAUCACUCGGCAGCGGGUUCGCGAGGAAAGGACGAAAUUAAAGCAGGCAUUUUUGUAUUCCAUUUUUGUCUAAUCCCACUGAUUUCUGAAGGGAUUACCGGACCAAUCAUGACUAAGAGACCGCUGGCUCGCCUGACACUGCUCGGACUGGGACCUCUGAGUGGGAACACAACCUAGGAUGUGGAGGAAUCUUGUUUGAUUUCAUUAUUUUUUUUAUCAUCCGGUGGGGACAGUUGCUUGUUGUUCUUGCUUAUGUUGUUAACCGACCUGAUUCAUGCAGCCAUAUCUGCACGGUUGGUGCAGGUUUUUUAUUUUUGUUUUUUUUAACAUGGAAGGCAACUUUAAUUUGUGCAGUUCAACCAGAAUUUAUGUCAACUUUUUCAUAAUGGACAACACUGGAAUUGUGUUUUAAAGUCCUCACGAAAUAUCCAGAAUCUGUCUGGACUCUUUUGUGCAUGACCGGCUCAUGGAGGAAGAGAAAGACUCUGAAAAUAUCCCUACGAAAUCCAGUUCCCCUUCACCUACCGGGAUUCCCAUCAACUGGGGGCUCAUCACAGGCCCGGUCCCUGAGCCCAUUUUCCCAGCGCCCUCUUUAAACACCUCACUCCCUCCCUCUCAGAGUUCAGCCGUGCAUUCACUACAGACCAAGGUGAAGUCGCUCACACAGAGGAGGGCAAGAGGUAGGGACAGGGACAGAGACAGGUUGGACCCAGAGGUGUCAGUGAGCAGUCCAGUUGGGCAGAUUUCCUCUGAAGUCCUCCUCAGACAGAGACCCAGAGCUAAAGGUCAGCUACCUCUGCCUGCUUCUGCAUGGCGAUCGGGUGCAGCAAAGGUCUUAAGCAGUAGUGAUGAAGAGGAGGAAGUCGAAGUGCUGGUGAGGUUGGAGAUCCACAGUCCUCCGGCUGAAGCACAAACAGAGCCGGGUGGAGAGGAAGAGAAGUCGGAAAAAGAUGAGGGCCAGGCCGGUUUCCAGACAGGGCAGCCUUGUGGGCUUAACGAGGGCACCAGUCUGGAGAGUCUUCUGUCUGACAACUCAAGCAGUAGCAAGGAUGACCCAUCCACUCCUCCUCCUCCACCUGUGCUCUCCUGCACUCCUGCUGCCACCUCUACUUCUACAGCACCUACAACUUCUUCCUCGACGGCUUCAUCCUCAACCCGACACUGGGCCCCUCCAAAGGGCUUCUGGAGAGUAGCACGUCCAGAAACCCUGCUUCUCAAUGGGGUCGGCCCUCACAACAUACACUCCACUUUACCUUUGAAGGACUACACUCAGAUCGACAGACUGGCAGAGCCUCAGAGGAAGGCUAAAGCGGCCGAAACAGGCAACAGGAAUGACAUGGGAACUGUGGCGGAUGACUGCGAAGCAUCCUCAGAAAUUAAACACUCGGAUAGCGUGGAGUGCUACCUGGACAGGUGUGAGCAGAAGGAGGCAGAUAUGGCUGAUCCCAGCAAAGAGCUGUGCAGUUCAGACAGCUGGGAAAGCAUGUGUUCACAAAGUGGAGCACCCAGUGCUGAUGAGAGACUGAAGGUGAAGGAACGGGCUUAUGCAAAGUUAAGGGAAAGACAACAAAACUGCAGAGAGGAGAGAGAACAGCAUGGAGGAGAGAGUGCUGGUUAUUAUGGAGACACAACCUAUAGAGCGGAGCAUAAAGGUGCCCACGGUGUUCUGGACAGCUCAGACUCAGUCAUUCUUGCUCAGGAACUUGAACCCUAUUUAAGGUCACUACUUGUAAUCAGUGAUGAACUACCUCUAAGCCCAAGACAUGAGCAGGCCAAACGUCUUCUGGAGCGAGCAAGGCUCAAAGCUCGCUCCAGUCAUGUUAGAGGUGAUCGACCGUGCAGACGCUCUCAUUCUGAUCAGAGAUCCACUGUGAAGAAGCAGCAAGUUGAAUCUCCCAGUCCCACAACAGUGCAGAAAGCUGUUCAAACCAAAGAAGACCUUCUGACUCAAGCUGCAUCUGGGCCCCUCCUGGUCCCAACUCAAAGAGACACUUCUCCUAGUGACUCCGGAGGUCGAUCUAGACGGUAUGGUUGUUCGCCCACUCGUGUACGUUUUGAGGACGAAUCAGAGAAAGAUGCAGAGUCUCGCUAUUUGGAUAGAGUGAGGCAACGUGGAAGGCCUGGGAUGCCCAAGUCUAAGAGUAAAGAAAGCAACACAGAUUCUAGCAGUAGUGGCUCAGAGAGGAGCAGAAGCCACAGAAGUGUCUCUAUGCCACCUUCACAGAAGCAGGAAGAUGUGAGUGUUAGUGUCGAAACCACAACAGUCGUUAAAGAGAUAAUAGUGCUGGUGAAGAAAUGUGAGGCAUGUGGUUCUGUAGUCAGGGAACCUCAGCCAGUCUCCUCCCCAUCAGAUCCACAAAAUACUGAGCCACUGCUGUCUGGAAACCCUGAAGAACCCCGAGGGAAAGCUACUCCCCGAUCAAACAAACCAGAAGCAAGUACUCGUCCCAAAGCUCCUCUGACUGUCACCUUUGCUGGUGCUUACGUGCUGGGUGAAAAUAAAGAAAGUAGCACAGGGUGGAAGUCAUCAGGGUUUGGGAAACUUAGGAGAAGGAGCAGGAAAGGAGAAAGUCGGUUAGAGUCUGGACACGGUCCCUAUGGUCCGUCAUGGGCUCAGCGGCGUAACUCUAAUCCUAGGAACAGGGUCAACCUGAGUAGAGCUGUUUCAUUUGCUCCUGGGAGCCCUAUUGCUUUGGAGCCUCGUUUGCUGGAGGCAUCAGGUGGACUAAGGGAAUCACCACCUCCAUCGCUGCCUAUCAAAUCAGCCCUGAAGUCGAGCUCAAGAAAUCGCUCUGUGGCAGGUUCCACGGUUCAGUUCCAGGUGACCUCAAAUCAGGGUGGAGAGAGCGGAUCUCAGUCCCUCCUGGACUCUCCAGAGACAAGACGGGAGUCUCCGGUGUCUUCAAUCCAGGGGGUGCCUGCAACUAGCAGCCCAGUGCCCUGUAUCAGGCCUUCCACUCUGAGGUACUCCACAGCAAGACUCCCCUCAGACCUGCCAGCUGCUGAACUGUGGGACGCCACUCCAGAUGGAACAGCAGGUCUAAGUGGAGAUGCGGGUCCUGGUUCAGACUCUCGGGCUCUGCGUGGCCUGGCGAUGUCUCGUGCUGAAGAUCUCAGAGCAGAACUGUUGAGAGCUGAACAUCUGAAAGCUGAGGCGAUGUGGGAGGAAAACUCUGAUGGGUCUAGAAAAAUGGAUGGACGGCCUAAGCUCUUCCUGCGUCGCUUCUUUUCCUCCAUUGGUCUGAACAGCGUUGGUCGACUUGUGAAAGGAGCUCGCUCCAGUAGUAUGGAACAGCUCAGUAUCCCCACAGCCCCCCGGGCGAGUUCAGCUUCACCGAGCCCCACACGCAGACCUCAGCCCACCAUCCGCAUACAGAGGACACCCUCACUGCAGACCCUGCACACAGUGCUGCCACUGGCCCAGCUGCGUAAAGCCUCCUCUGUGCAGAGUUUAGAGAGAAGAACAGAGCGUUCAACAAUACUUGGAGAGGUGCAGAUACCGUAUGGCCUGGCACCCAGCCCUGAUAGUCCUCAGCUCGACCUCCACAGAGCACUGAGUGUUGAAGAUGUACUUGCCUCUAGAAUGGUGCGUCCUGUGGGUCGGGUCACACAGGCUUUUCCUGAUGGGACUCUCCUCCUGGAGCUCAUCAAACCCCCAAAUGGUCCUUUUGGUUUUGUUAUUUCAAGGGGAAAAGGUCGACCAGACACAGGCGUGUAUGUUGAAAAAGUGGGUGAUGGUAGUGGUGAAGGCCCGUACGUCGGCCUCCUUGGCAUUGGGGAUGAAAUUCUGCAGGUGAACGGAGAAGCAGUGGCUGGACUCAGUCUGGACCAAGUGACUCGGCUCAUGACCCGGGAAAGCACUGCUUCCCUUCGGAUCAUGCCGGCCCGACGCAUUCAGCGCUGACUGACAGGACAGACAUGGCACAUCGCCCCCGAUCUUGGACAGUAACUGACCACUACAAACACAGCGGAUUGACUGUACCAUAUAGAUGUGACAUAGUCCGUGUAUAUUACGGUGCAGCUUCACAUACAUUUACAUGGAAUAUCAGGGUUAGAGGUUAAUUUCUCAUAAUGCAAACCAAUGCUAGACAAUGUGCCACUGCAACGACUGCAAUAGCAAAAACUACAAAACCAAACAAAUACAGCAGCACCAAUGACUAUGCUAGUUAGAAACUCAGAUUAUUUAUUAUAAUUCUAAUCAGUAGUUAAGAGUAGAAUGAUUUAAAUCCAGCACAAUGUGUUUCUGUGCAUGGGUUUGUAUUUUAGGACUAUAUUUAGAUGAAUAGGGACAGAUUUAUACAACUCCAUUGUUUUUUCAUUAUAUCACACAGCAUCCCAAAUUCUACUUAACUGUGUACAGAUCCAUUAAUAUUAUAUAUUUUUCAGACGAUUGAUGAUCUGUAGGCCACAUUUUAGCAUGUGCAUUCCUCACUAAUUCAAAUUAACAAAUACUUAUCUUGUAUUUUUUCGAUGGAACACAGUCUGCACGGUCCCUUCAGCGUAUGCCUGUGCUGUAUCACCUGUUCUGUCAUGAACAUGAUUGAUGCCCGUUUGCUUCUAAAUAAAAAUAUUUUAUUUUGUCAACCUUU